UUUAGCUCAGGAAAUCCCCUUCCUUCUUCCGCAGUGGAGAGAUGACGUCACCCGGCCGCAGUACCAGCGCUUCCUUUGCCGGAGUGAGCAGAGAGAAAGAGGCUACAUGAUGCUCGCCGUCUCUGCUGCUACACUGACUUUACUACUAGCUUGGAUUUGUCCAAGUUACGCGCUAUAUUUCCACAUAGGAGAGACCGAGAAAAAAUGCUUCAUUGAAGAAAUUCCGGACGAGACCAUGGUCAUUGGGAAGUACAGAACUCAGCUGUGGGACAAGCAGACGAGCUCCUUCCUCCCAUCCACCCCUGGUCUCGGGAUGCAUGUGGAAAUCAAGGAUCCAGAUACCAAGAUUAUUCUGUCUCGUCAGUAUGGGUCAGACGGAAGGUUCACUUUCACCUCCCACACUCCUGGAGAGCAUCAGAUCUGCCUACACUCCAACUCCACCAAGAUGGCUCUGUUUGCAGGAGGAAAGCUGAGAGUGCAUCUAGACAUUCAGGUCGGAGAACAUACCAACAACUACCCUGAAAUUGCAGCUAAAGACAAACUCACCGAGCUGCAGCUGCGAGUCCGACAGCUGCUGGACCAAGUCGAACAGAUCCAGAAGGAGCAAAAUUAUCAGCGAUAUCGCGAGGAGCGCUUCCGUAUGACAAGCGAGAGCACCAACCAGCGCGUGCUCUGGUGGUCCAUCGCCCAGACGCUCAUCCUCAUCGUCACGGGGAUCUGGCAGAUGAAGCACCUCAAAAGCUUCUUCGAGGCCAAGAAGUUGGUGUAACGUCUGUUUGAGCAACAUCAGCCUCAGGAAGUGGCAUGAACCCGAACAGACAGACAUUACAGACCGAAAUGGAGAGACACCACCCACAGCACAGAAAAGACAAACAAAAACAAACGAAAAAAAAAACAGAAGGUGAUGCAACACUAUUAUCCGCCAUAACGGGAAUGCAGCUAAAAUCCCAAUACGAGCUAAAUUACUGGAGACCGUUACAAAUCCCAGGCUGUUACUUUUUUUCUGUCCCUUGCACAUUUUUAAAUAUGCCGUUUAAUAUCUGUUUAGAAAUUUCAGUUGUGCUACAUUCCAUUUGCAUUUAUUAUUUUGUUUGUUUGGAAGCAUUUUCUUGGUGGUUCUGAAGAUGUAAUUUCCUUUUUUUUCCUGUGCAAGAUUAAGUGCAGAGGCACUGUUAUCAACAUAGGUCAACGGUAAUUAGUCUUUGCAGUCAUGCAUGGAGAUGACAUUUGCAAUAGAAAUUGGAUGAUGGAGCUGUUAGAAUUACUAUUUUGUUGGCAUUAAGAGCUGGGUAAUACUCACAGAGUCUCACGGACCUGCAGACCUUUGUUUUUAUUACAGUAUUAGGUUUGCAUUUAACUUUCUUAUUCCAGAUAUUGUAGCUUCUGUCCAUAGACCCUGAGUUGUGUCCUGAACUUCAGAUGGUUACAUAAUACAGUCUGUCCAAAUAUCCUAUUGGCCUUGAUUCCUUUGAUAUCUGUUCUUCUGCCUACUGCACUGUAUAUAGUUUUUAGCUGGUAUCACGUUUCCUGUACAUUCAGUUGGGCGGUUCUGUAGAUACUGUUUGUGAUACUAGUCUUGUAAUGACAAGAUUACAGGUUGUAAAUAAUAAUUAUUGCUUAUUGAUUGACCUGCUCAUUUUCUAAUGCCUUUUACACACAGAUUGAAUGGUAUGCAAGUCGUCAGGCUUAUUUCACUUUUCAGAGGUCACCUACUUAGAAGCUGUUUUUUUUUUUUUUUAACAAUCACAGCCUAUUUAAUUGCUGAGCCGUAGCUAAAUUCACUGCACUUACAUCAGCUAUUUUCAAAACUCGAGUCAUGUAAGACCCAGAAUGAAGAUGAGGAAAUUUGUUCAGUAUGUGAACAUCAUCAGAAAUUAAUAUGAAGGUCAACCAGUGGGUUCCCAUGUUUACUAAGUUAUCAUUUUCUGUGUGAAGAAAUUUGAAUCCAGUUUUUAAGCUGUGAAAUACAUUUAGGCAUUUAUUGUCUGAAGGUCUUUAAUUCUAACAUCGAGUUGUUUCCACUUUGUACUGUGGUUUGGAUGUCAUCUCCAUGUGUGUUCGAAAUAAACUUUUGGCCAAAC